AUGGCCGUCGUCCACCUCCCCGUCACUGCCAACCGCCACACGUUGCAGCACAACCUCACCAUCGACGGGCUCCGCUGCGCCUUCCGCCCCUACUCACUGAAGGGCCUCCGGUCCUGCAUCCGUCCGGAGGUCAGGGGGACGGGGGAGCGGGACGUGCCGGCGGUCGAGUUUGAGGACGGGGAGGUCGAGGGGGUGGUGGACCCGCUCAUCGCGAUGCUCAAUUCGAUGGUGAUGCCGGAUGGGGAGACCAACAUCGUGCCCGAUGGCUCCCAUUGUCGGUGGAGAUGCGGAAGGGCCUGCAGGCGGUGCUCAGGGGGGGCGCCGGACAUCAACCUCGCGUUCGACGAGCUCGUGACUGAGGAGCGAGCGCAACGUCCACCGCUUCCUCAGCGGCUCGACCGGCUUGACCCCUCCGACCUGGCGGCUACCGCCCAGCCCAGCGGUACCCCGUUAGUAGAGGCACCGGCCCGUUAG